AGCAACAACCAGAAACACAUGCGAUCACCACGUAUCCCCGUAACCUCGUUCCGUCCCGUCCGCCCAACGGGGCUCUUUGUUCUCCGAGCACGGCCCCAUUCUACUAGUAUCCCAUACCGCGUGCGUCGAGUCUCGCCGUCAUGGAUGGCAAUGGGUGUUGGUGCUGGCGUGGGUGUUGGAAUGUGCCUGCUGGGGUGGCCGGGUGUAGUGCUUGCAGAGAAACUUGAGCUUGACGAUAACGUGGUGCUGGAGCCCGCAUCCAAGAAGCAUGUGCCAAAAACCCUUGUCCUAACGUAUGCCACACCCCCGAAACCCCACACACUCCAUCUCCUCGGGCUCGGCAUCCGACAGGUGACUUUUUUAAACAUCAAUGUAUAUACGAUCGGUUUUUACGUGGGCCGGGAAGCGCUGGACCGGGUUCGGAUGGGUGAGGUUUGGAAAGGAUUUGAAGGGAAGGCACUUGAGGGAUUUGUUGAGAAACUUGUUGAGGGGGAUGUGGCUGUGAGGAUUGAACCUGUUCGAGACACGGACGGCCCACAUCUUCGAAAUGGCCUCAUGCGCAUGCUCACAUCCCGUCUCACGACCUCCUCACUCAACGAACGCCAAAAACAAGAAAUCCUAGCCCACAUGGACAAUUUCCGCGCCGCAUUUCCUAGCGGACGCAUACGCAAAGGCGAGGAAUUUAUUUUCGUCAAGACAAAAGAAGGGCUACGUGUUUUCUUUGAGGGAACGGAAUUGGUUUUGAUUCCCUCCCCAUGGAUCGCCCAAAUGUUUAUGGAGGGAUAUUUGAGAGAAAAGAAGGCAAUUUCACCAAAGUUGCGACAGAGUAUUUCGCAAGGGUUGGAAGACCUUGUGACGGUGAAGGUUGCGAAUUGACGUUAUCCACAUGUAGGGAAAGCAUUUUGGAAGAGGAACGUUGUGAAUAUAUUAUACGCCUAAUAAUGGUUUGGAGGCGCAUCAAAACCGCUA